GCCUCCGGGGGGCCAAGGCGGGCGGUGCGCGUGGCUGCUGGGACUCGGCGGGCUGCCUCCGACCGGCCCCGUGGCCCGGACCGCUGCCGGAAGCACCUCGACUUCCAGCCAGCAACAUGACGGAAGGCUUUGACUGUGCCAGCUGCAAGGAGUCUCUUUACGGGCGCAAGUACAUCCAGGGAGAUGAGGGUCCUUUCUGCAUCCCAUGCUAUGACACACACUUUGCCAACACUUGUGAUGAGUGCAAGGAGCUGAUUGGCCAUGACUGCCGGGAGCUCUACUAUGAGGAUCGCCAUUACCACGAGGGCUGCUUCCGUUGCUUCCGCUGCGACCGCUCCUUGGCCGACGAGCCUUUCACCUGCCAGGGGCAGGAGCUGCUCUGCAACGGCUGCUAUUGCCAGGAGUUCUCCUCCCAGUGUGUGGCCUGCCAGCAGGUCGUCAUGCCAGGUUCUCGGAAGUUGGAGUACAACGGGCAGACUUGGCAUGAGCACUGCUUCGUCUGCAGCAGCUGCCAGCAGCCCAUUGGCGCUCGUUCCUUCAUCCCGGAGCAGAAGGAGUACUACUGCGUCUCCUGCUACGAGAGCAAAUUUGCGCCCCGCUGCACCCGCUGCAAGAAGUCGCUGACCAAGGGAGGAGUGACUUACCGGGACGAGCCCUGGCACAAGGAGUGCUUCGUCUGCACAAGCUGCGAGGCCCCCCUGGCUGGGCAGCAGUUCACCUCCCAGGAGGACCAGCCCUACUGCGUCAAGUGCUUUGGCAGCCUCUAUGCCAAGAAAUGCAGCGCCUGCGCAAAGCCCAUCACAGGUUUCGGGGGAGGCAAGUACAUCUCCUUUGAGGACCGCCACUGGCACCAGAGUUGCUUCAGCUGCUCCCGCUGUGCUGCCUCCCUGGUGGGCAAGGGCUUCAUCCCUGACAACGAGGAGGUCCUGUGUCGUGAUUGUGCCGGCAGCCUCUGAAAGGGCAUCCCAGGCAGCUGCCCUCCAGAUUGUGUGUGUGCCAAAGUUCCCUCCUGGGGCGGCAGGGCAGGGAUGGCCCUCCCCUUCCUGGGAUUCUUGCUGACUGGCGCCAGCCGCCUCUUUCCUGGCAGACCAAAAUGGCAGCCUUCUCACCCGGCCUGCUGCCUCUGAGGAGCUCGAGCCGCUUCCCUUUUUCACUAGCAGCAUGGCAGUGAAGUCCACCCCACCCCCGGCUGUGACCUGCCUGGAGGGCCACUUCCCUCUGGGCCCGGAAGAGGGCAGGGCGGGGCCUCUCAGAGGGCGGCAGCCUUCCACCUCCCACCCAAGUGCUUCUUCCCUGGGAGCCACCCCGGUUGUCCAGCAGUUAGUAGGAGCAAGCUCAGCGCUCCCCCCUCCACGGUCAUGUUUCUUCCCAGCCUGCCCCCUUUUUCAGAGGAAAGGAGACCUCCGUCCCCGAGGCCCCCCUGGGGGACCAUCUCUCUCCUCCCCCCCCCCCCCCCCCCCCAAACCCCGGGGGGGGGGGCGGCCCCCUUGGGGGGGCCCCCCCCCCCCCCCACCUUUGCUUUGUCUCCAGGAAUCCCUGGGGGGGAUUCCGAAAAAGAAAGUUUGCAAGGCACCAGCAAAGGCUCCCGUGUUUUGCUUUCCCAACCCCUCGGCUUGAGUUUUGAGUCCCCUGACCUUCCUUCCCCUCCCCCGCCUCUGGGCCUGGACUUUCUACCUGCUUCUUUCUGUCCUGGGAGUCUCCCACCCUUCAAGUCUGCCUGCCCACCUGGAAGGAAGGGGCUUUGUUGCUCUCUCUGGCCUGGAUUUCUUUCUACUUUUCUUUGGUGAAAUGCUCUGCAUGUUCCUUUAAAUGCAUUAUGUAGCCAUUCCCUCAAAUGCUUUGCUGUUGGGGAGACCACCAGGGUAUCUGCCUGUUGGUGGAGCUGCUUACCUCUAGUCCGUGGAUCUCUCCCCUCCUUUUCUGACUUUCUCUAAUAAAUCAUGUUAAUGGAGUGUUCAUUAUUAACUCACCUGGAGAAUGGGGGCAUGAGAUGGGUUUGCUAUGCUGGAUUCAACGUUUCGUCUUCUCACUGAGCUGUUUCCCAAAUCCUAAAAGAAUUCAGCACUUCCUCCUCCAACCCACCGACCACCUGAUGCUGCUGGGUGUGCCCGGACCUCUUCGCCACCCAGGAUUUAGUGCAAGGAAGGGGAAAGGUGCCCCAUGACAAAAUUGAGGGGUUGCUCUCACCGCAACCAAUUGCAGCCCAAGGCUCUCCAGAGUGGGAAGGAGGGGAAAAUGCCUGCGACAGAAGUCAAGACUCUGGCAAGCAGUGCUCAUAGCAAGGGAACGUCAGCCACAGGGUAUGAUGGCUUUCCCGUUCAGGGGGCUCAGAAAGCUCGGGAAAGGGAGUGAGUUUGGAUCAGACCUUUUGCUGCUUGUAGAAGGCACUCGGCAACGUUAGUUACGGUCCAUGCAAAGAGGGUGGCUGGUGUAGCAUUUGAACGGGGGGGGGGUGCUCUGCCCCCACCUCUAGGCCCUUGGCAACCGAGCACCUAGUGGCUCUCUACUGCUGGGAUCUGUUAGUGGUGGGAUAUCUCUUCCCAAAAAAGGAAGCGGAUCAGGUUUGUUUGGCCAGCAACGUCUGGAACCCAUCCCAAGGGGGUGGAUGGGUCAUGACCUGCCCUCUCUGCCUGGUUUAUUUGUGGGCUGAAAUGAGCUCACGUGGUAAGGCCUGGCAGAGUAGCAGUGAAAAGGGCCUCUGAGCUGGAUGAGAAAUCAGAUGCUCUGGGCAAGGAGAUGGAGCUCCAGGGGGAAGGAAGCCAGGCACACAGAAGCCCCACAGGCCACCUGGAGAGGCUUCAGCCAACUUUCCUAGGUCACCAUGGGCAGCAUGCACCCUUCAUGCGUCUCCUGGCAAACCACAAUGGUCUAGAAUCAGUCCUCCUCCCGAGUCCAGUUAUAUCUAUCACAAAAGAUAAUCAAGCAGUGGACUUGCAAGCACCAAGAAACAAGUAAGCUAUCAUUGGAAGCCAACAUUGGUCAAAAACAGAUCAUGCCAGUCAAACCUUAUUGCAUUCUGUGACAAAGGGACUAAAUUAGUGCACCAGUUAAAUGCUGCGGACAUCGUAUGCUUGGAAUUUGACGAAGUAGGCCACAAGCUGCUACUUGGUAAAAUAGAAAAAUGUUGGAUACAUAGCGUCACCAAAGUAUAGUCCUGAAUGGAACUAUACAUGGAAGGAAGUACAUAGCAGGGUACCCCAAAGCUCUUGUCUUGGACCCAUAUUAUUCAAUAUCUUCAUAAACAAUUUAGACAAUUAUUUAGAAUAGCCAAUACACCAGAAGAUGGGCUAAAGAUCUGGAAGGGUCUCAAACAAACUAGAACACUGGGCCCUAUCUAACAAAAUGAAAUCCAUUUAAUUAUGAGCCAGCAGUAUGCUGUAGCUACCAAAAAAGCCAAUGCAGUCAGGCUGCCUCAACAGAGGGAUUAUAUCAAGGUCAUGUGAAGUGUCAGUACCACUUUAUACUGCCUUGCUAAGACUACAGUUGGAACUCUGCAUCCAGUUUUGGUCACCACAAUAGAAAAAAAAAUGUUCUCUAAAAAGAAUGUAGAGAACAUCAAAAAUGGUAAGGGAUCUGGAGGCUAAAAGCACGAUGAAUGGUUGCAGGAACUGGCACUGUCUAGUUUAACAAGGAGUAGGGUGAUACAGUAGUCUUCCAAUAUUUGAGUGGCUGUCCAAGAGAAGAGUGUGUUAACCUAUCUCUAAAGUACCUGAAGACAGGACAAGAAGUUACGAGUGGAAACUUAUCAAGGAGAGAUCCAAUUUAGAACUAAGAAUUUUCCUGAAACAAAAAUGAAUAGAAUGAAUUGCUUUCAGAAGUUG